CGGCAAAAUGGUGAUUCUAUAUCUACAGGGCCCACGUGCACGCCACAAAUGUUUUAAAUGUUAAGGUCAAGGGGAAGGAGUGGCCCAAUUUUGGCUUUCUAAAAUGAAGAACAUUGAAGUGCUUGCUCGGAAGAUUACAAAACUGGAUGAAGGGGCUUUCCAACAUCUAAGGAACAUCCUUUGUACAGAGACUCCUACUGGAUUCAAGCUUGACUUCUUCUUUGAUUCCAAUCCUAACUUUAAAGAUUCCGUGCUCACGAAAACAUUUAUGAUAAUUCGUGGUAACAAGCAUGAAGUGACGAAUGCAAUUGGGAUGGAAAUUGAGUGGUAUCUUGGUAAAAGCCUGACCGACACAGAAAAUGGUGACAGCUUCUUCAACUUUUUUAAGACCCCUGUUGCCAACGGUACUGUAAGUUUUGGUUUCGUUCAUGUUACAAGGCUAUUGAAUUUGGUCGAUGAUGAAUAUAUAUGA